CACCCCAAAUCCACCUGCAAGACCUUGGAUUCCCCUAGCGAGGCCUAAUACGUCUUCGCCAGCAUGUGUCUUUACUGUGAUGUGUUACAACGUUCUUUGUGAUAAAUAUGCCACGCGGCAAAUGUACAGUUACUGCCCGAGCUGGGCGCUGAAUUGGGACUAUAGGAAAAAGGGCAUCCUCGAAGAGAUCAAACAUUAUGGCGCUGAUAUUAUCAAUCUGCAAGAGGUUGAAAUGGAACAAUUCUACAAUUACUUUUUGCCAGAACUGAAGAUGGAUGGUUACCACGGCAUAUAUUCGCCAAAAUCUAGAGCCAAACACAUGGUGGAGAGCGAGAGGAAAUACGUCGAUGGCUGUGCUAUUUUUUACAGAAUGUCUAAAUUUACGCUAGUUAAAGAACAUUUAGUGGAAUUUAAUCAACUGGCGAUGGCUAGUGCGGACGGAUUGGAACACAUGUUGAACAGGGUUAUGCCAAAAGACAAUAUAGGGUUGGCUGCUUUACUGCAAACAACAGAGGGGGCAUGGGAUAACAGUCCAAAUGACGCUCCUUUUUUAAAUCAACCCAUUUUGGUAUGCACUGCCCACAUACAUUGGGAUCCAGAAUUCUGCGACGUCAAGCUGAUCCAAACAAUGAUGUUAUCCAACGAACUCAAGAGCAUUCUGGAAAGGUCCGCCCAAACUCUUAGGAUGCACAAUAUCAAUACAGAUCCCAGCAAUAUCCAGUUGGUGCUGUGUGGCGAUUUCAAUUCUUUGCCGAACUCUGGAGUUAUUGAAUUUUUGGCGAAAGGAAGGGUUUCCCAGGACCACAGGGAUUUCAAGGCUCUAGCUUAUAAAGCCUGUUUGGAGAAAGUACUCAGCUGUGAUAAACCGAACGAAUUCACACAUUCCUUCAAGCUGGCAUCCGCUUAUAAUGACGAAAUUAUGCCUUACACCAAUUAUACAUUUGAGUUCAAAGGCAUAAUUGACUAUAUUUUUUAUGCCAAGCAGACGAUGACCCCAUUGGGUUUGUUGGGGCCACUGUCGCAAGAAUGGCUGCAGCAGAAUAAAGUAAUAGGUUGUCCUCACCCUCACGUCUAUUCUGAUCAUUUUCCGCUCCUAGUUGAAUUGGAAAUGACACCUACGAUAACACCCGCAAUGAAAGUAAUUCACAGGAAUCAAUACAUGUAUCAAACAGCAACCUAUUAUCACGGAUAUUAUUAUCCUCCUGUUUAUCCAGUUCCACAGAACUAUUUUCCUCAAAAAAGGUUCUUUAGAAAAAGGAAUAAAGUGUACAAUAAAAACUGAUUCUAAUGUGCAAUGCCAAAUGUAGCAACUGGCAGUUUCUGGAAACUAGCCAUUGUCGCCUUUGCAUUUGCUGUACCUGUUGCUCAGAAGACCAACGGUCAAACCACAGAGGCACAUCUAUUCACCCUUAUCUCGGAAAACUGUACCUGAAGGCAUCGUCCCACAUAAAAAACAAAACUCAAAAAGAUCCUUCGAAAUCAAAUCAGCGCCAACAUUCAAUUGAAGAACUUAGGUAUUUCUUUCUUGUGAAACAGAUUGGUAUAAUUUCAUCAUUGAAAUAUUUUUUCAAUAAUUUUCACCUUCAGAUUUAGUUUGGAAACUCUUGAAAAAUGGAUACAUGUUACAGUCUCUAUCUUUUCUGAUUUUCUUGAUUGAAAUUUAAAUAAAGGCAUCUUUUUUUUAAUAAUCAUUAUACCUCAGUAGCACUUGAACAACAGAUUUCACUUUAGCAAUGUAUUUUGUUGAAAUCAAAAUAUAUGGACGCACACUUCAGAUUUUUGGCUGUGCACAGAGGAUCUUGAUCAUUUUCACGUUGAGAUUUACUGUGAUUUGUAUUAUUUUAGUGAAAAUCCUCUGUAUAUGAGAAGCUGCUUUGGUUUUAUUUGUGUAAUAUGAUGACAAAAGUCAUGAAAUAUUUUGGUCUCCUUCCUGAAACAGUUAUUUGAAUACAAUGAACUCAUGGGGGAGAUGCCAAUUUUUUUCUUGUACAACUUUUCCGACUAUUUAUGAAGAUCAUCUUUGUAUUUUUUGUCUGACUAGUUUAAUUUAUGUUUUUAGUACACUGUAAUUAUGAAGUACCUUCUUUUAGUUUUAUCUCGAACCCCUUUUUUGUUUGAUGACGAAUUUUAAUGACAUCAUUUGUAGCCACAGCCAGUAACAGUUCUCCUGUUAUUUGUAAUUUUUUACUGUUGUAUAUUUUAGCGACUUUUCUCUUGGAAGUGAUAAUUGUUGUGAUUAAAAGAGAAUAUUUGCUUGCUGUGAGUGCUGCAAAUGUUUAAUUUUAUAUUUACCUGUUAGUUAUUAUUAAUUGUGUAACAUAUUUUUCAUUGUAAUUUUUAUGUAAUUUUCAGUAUCAACUUUGUUCUGAACACCAUUUAUCUAUUCUGAAGGUUUACUGUUAUUUUGUUCUUCAUCGUUCAGAAAAUUUGAAAUAAACAUGAUUUUUUUUAGAUAUACAAUAUUUUUAUGUAAGAAGAGUGUCUCCCGGUUAUACUUUUUCCGCUUUAACGAUCUUGAUCCAGUAGAACCCUUAUUAUCGAAUAUUUCUUUUCAAUCAAACAACUUCUGAAUGCAAUUAAUCUUUUUUAUUGUGAAUUUAAUGUGAUUUUGUUCAAUAUCUCUCAGAUGUGAUAAGUACAAAGUUCAUCCCGUUCACCAUUUAUUGUAGAAUAAAACACAAGUUCUUGGAAAAAAAGUCUAAAGAUAUUUAUUCGUUUUCAAAACUUCUCAUGACACAGUAAUGACAUGCUUCAAGAGAGACAAAAACUUUAACAGAGCAAAACAAAAUGUGGAAAUGUUUGAAAAACUUUCUUUUUAUUGAUUUCUCAAAAAAUGUAUUCUUCGUAAAAGUCACAUUGAUUUGUCAAAUAUCAUGUUUCUUUAAUCAUAUAUGAUAUACAUGAAAAAUGUAAAUUUUAUCCUCUUUUUGAAAUAUAAAGAGUUUCAUUUGUGGAGUGGUUUUUUAAAUACAAUCUAAAUUCAAAUUUUCCUAUUGGUUAAAUCUGUGCAAUAUAUUAGGAUCAGCGAUAUAGUGCUGUGCUCCACUUUAUUCAAAUUAGUGAAACUCUUAUUCUUUAUAUUACUUUAUAAAUUCAAAAACCUAAUCGAGUUUAUGUUACAGUUGUUGAUUUGUUUGCUCAAAGUAAACAUGACUUAAUUAAAACUGUCAAAAAAGUACCAAUAUAUGUAAGUUAUCUGAAAUAGCACUAUUCUUUGGCAACACUUCUAAUUUCAUUACAUUUUCAAAUUUUGAAAAGAAAUAAAUGCUUGAUAGUAGAGAUUUCAAUGAAACAGAACUUUAGGUACCCCUGCUAAUAAGUAAUAAUAUCAGCAGACUCUUGGUUAGUUCAUUUUUCACCAUGAAUCAAUUUUUUGCAAAGUAAAAAAUUGCAAUCAUGGCAUCUUUGAUUUUAUCUACUAAUAAUUUUAUCCUACAUAACUUAUUAUAAAGUCCUGUUUAAAUGUUUUGUUUACUUUCGAAUACAUUGUUGAAUUAAUACGAAAUUAUAAAGAAAGUUUGAGAGAAGUGAACUAGGAACAGUAUAUAACAAUGAUAACUGUAGUAAAUUGGAAUAAAAAAUUGGAAAAAUAAAAAUACUUUUUCUCAAUACAGAUAAGUCCAUUGUGCAAAUUAUGUAACUACACACAUUUUUUGAUGAAAAUGGUAUUUUGAAACGUAAGGGCUAUUUCUCUCAAGAACUAUAAUUUUUUGAGAAAUCAAUAAUGAGUUUUUGCAACAUAAAUAUUGCUUUUCACAUAAGUAGAACGUUCUUUGCUUUCAAUAAUGGGUAAAUAUAAUAUUUACUACUAUAUAUAUAUUACUAUAUAUAUAUACUACGAUGUCCAUUCUUUUUUUUUAUUUAUUGACAUGGACCUUCUUCUUUUCAAUCUGUAAGGUUUCUAUUAGUUUAUUAAAUUUUUAAUAAAUCUGUAAAAGACACAUUCUUAGAGCUGUAUCUUUACUUACACACACAAUAUUCCAAAGUGACUAGGAAUACCUCAGUUGAUUUUGUUGUUUCUUUCUAGAACCCCAACCUUCUUUUUGUGAUGUUUUCACCAACACACAUACUGUUCCCCACUCCUCUGUAUUUAAUAUUUUUGGAGAUGUACUUAUGUUGUGGGAAAAAUUAAAGUGUGUUUUACUCAUCUAACAUUGAAAAUAGUUUUUCAAGUGAUAAACAGGCAAGGAAUCCCAUAAUACAACAACCCGUUGUUUAUCAAAGAAAUCACUUUCAUCGGGCAUGUAAAGAUAAUAUACUUUAAUUCAAAACAGUACAUGGCACGGUUUCUAACUGGAUUUUUUCAUGCUUUUUAUUGUGACUUAUACAUUUUGAAAGUUUUUUCCUCAAUUGGUUAAUGGUGUUUUUUCUUUAAGUGAAAACGAACAGAUAUUUUUAUUAGGGACUAAUAAUUUUUAUACAAAGAUUAAAUGAAAAUUCUCAAUGUCAUUGUUAGUUUUUAAGUUGUUGUUUAGCUCAAUAUUGUAGAAAAUUUGUAGUUUUUGUUAGUCCUGCAGAGUCACAAAGUUAUUAUUUAUGAUGUGUGAUUUUCACACACUAAUUUAAUUUUUUUGAAAUUCUUAUGAAAUUCAUCAAGAUUCAAUAGUUGGUUUGGGGAUUUUAAUUGUAUUCAAAGUACAAUACGUCAUUUGAGAUUGAUUUGGGCCUCAAAAAAAUGUUUCUCUUUGAAAAAAUAAAAUUGAUUGCCAAGGCAAUUAUCGAAUCUGAGAUCUUCAUUAUUAAGUCUUGACUGAAAAUUUAAGUCACACUUGGUUAACCCAGAACAUUUUAUUGGGGAGCCACACUUUUUCUUCAUACACUUUUGACAAAUUCUCCAAGGUAGCUUUGUGUCUCUGUGCUCCUAAUAGAAAAGGCCUAAAUCUGUUUUCUGUGUACAACAACCUUAUAUUUCCCAAAUUUCCGUUUGUCAAAUGGUGUGAAAGGUUUGACAUCCACGAUUUUGUGAGAUACAAUUAUGUAAAAAAUUCUUGUCCACCUUUGAUACAAGAUAUUUUUGAAAAACGGGACAGUUCUGUUGAGAUGAUUAGACUUAUUGAUAUUUCUAAUAUAUCAAUUUUCAGCAAGCAUCAAAGUCAAUAUGUUAGGACUCUUAACUGAUCUAAUGAAAACAAUAAAAUGUGGUGAAAGGGUUAUUUGUACAAUUUCAGAGUUGGGUACUUUUUGAUUGCUUUUUGAUACUAUAUCAUGAUUUUACCAAGAUCUCAGAUUCUAUGUUAAUUUUUUACAUUUUUCUGUAGUGCUUAUGGUAUCAGACAAUGGUUUUUAAUUCAAUAAUUUUACAUUUAAUCUUAAGUGUUCUUCAGCAAAUAUUUAUGUAAAAUAGAAUGAAUAAAUGAACAUGGACCAUGA